AUGGACAGCCCCAAAUCAAGGAAAAGAAAGAAUCCGCCGACAUUCCAACACCUUCCGGUACAACAAGCAAAAAAACUAAAGAAAGCCUGGGUGGAGAAGGCCAAGAUCAAAAGCAAAUGGAAAGCGGAGAAGAGAAAGCUGUACGCAGAAGGAGGUAUUCCGAAGAUGCCCUGGGAGAUAGAGGGCGACCAGGACGACGAGGAGGCGGAGACAGUGGAGAAAGAUGAAGAUGAAGAGACCGAGUGGGGUGGUGUUGGUGCAGACUCUGACUCGAGUAAAAGUGGCGACGAAGAUGACCUUGAGCCCCUGCCCCCAACGGGUUCUCCACCGAACACUAGGUCUGGACAGGGAGGGAGGCAACGCGGUUCGAGCAAGAGGGACUCGCGGAAUGCACAACCCUAUCUCGAUGGAAGCAACAAACGCCCUCGCAAUCGGGGUGAUAAAAAGGCAGAUGGCUCUGACGACGAAGAGCCCCGCCAACCAACAUUACGAGACCUAAAACGUGAGGCCUACUCUCGGUCAACUCUGCACACCUACAAGUCGGAUCCCCUUCGCAAGCGGGGAGCUAUGUCUAAUCGAGGAAGAGGACGCGGAGGUUUUGAAAGGGGGAAAGGCCGGGGACAACCGAAUAUGAAGUUGCGAAUGAAUGUCAUGCUCGAGAAAAUCAAGCGAGACAUCGUCCCCGCUUCCAGUUGA